GCUUUCCGCAAGCUUCAUCCCAAUCGGCGACUUAUCUUACGUUGCAGGUAUAUGAGAUACAAGGAUGCGACGUUCAACAACUACGAAUGCAGCUUUCAAUGUUUUUACAUCCAGUCCAUCCACACUUAUCGCUAUCCCUUCUGGCUUUGGACUUACUGGGCCUUGAGCCCAUUUGAUUCAAUAAGGUCCCUGAUCUCGCUGUUGUAUCAAUGAAAUUGAGGGGUUUCCUUGAUUCUGCUACAACCUGGUUCCAGCCAUUCGAUACCUCCCUAUCCAAAGCUGACACCAUGGAAAUUCUCGUUGGGACCAUGAUUCCGUACGUCAAGGCGUUCACCACCUCGCAAUGCUUGCCUCUGCACCCUCUUUUUGAUCUCUGGCAUGACGUCACGAGUUCUAUGUCGUGGAAUAUGCCAGAAGACCAACUAUUUCCACUGGUGGAUUUAUGGCGAAUAGCACUCCUGGACGAAAAGGUCUCCUCUUGGUGUGCCGAUCGUAAUGGUCUCGACAGCCCCCUUGUGCUGCUGUUGUCCAAGGCGUGCGAAUGGUCUUCAAAAAAGUAUCUGUUGGCACUCCUUCGUAUGCUCUCCAACGCAUUCAGUAACAGGGCUUUGGGAUGGAAAAUUCUCUUGUCAGCCCAAAACAAUCUCGCCAUCCUGCUGGAACAUACUUUGGUUCAUGAAGACACUGGUGUUCGGAAAAGCGCGUCGAGCUUGACUUUCAAUACCUUUGCGCAUCUGCAAGAGCUCAGAAUAGAGAAUUUAUGCAAGGGCGAUGAAGAAGGAGCUGAUCAUUUGGAGAUGGACAUAUCGAUGACUCUGCUAAAUGCAGAAUGGGAAGCGUCGAUUGCAUGCGCGGUCCUUGCGGCUAUCGAAUACGAGAGCGAUGGUGACACAGGUAUUAUUGGUUGUCCUUUAUUCAUGUUUGCGAUUUAUUUAUCACUUUCCGACAGUCCACCGCCAAGUCGCAGCAUUAGGACUGAUUGUGCGUUUUUCCCCUUUCAUCGAUCACUUGUUGCCACUUCUCGGAGCCUUGCACGCUCAAAGGACUCUAAAGAACAAGUUCAGAGGAAACGGGAGGAAUUGGAAUAUGAAGGAAACCGCGUGCGUGCUUUUGCAGGAAGUCGCUGAUAAAUUGUGCCCUCCGAGUAUUUCGAUUUGAAUAAUGGUAUUGAUGUUCUUUCUUCAUAAGCCCAUCG